AGAAAAACAUGGAACAAGAAUGGAGGCUGCAGACACAGAAUUUAAACAUUACUUCCAUCAAGGAAUUUGUUUUUGCUGGAUUUCCUGGAGUAUCAAAAUUUCCAGAAUUAAUUGGACUAACCUUUAUAGUUACCUACAUACUGACUUUGCUAGGCAACAUGUUUAUAUUUUAUGUGGUAAAGAAACAGGAAUCAUUACGAACUCCAAUGUUUAUUAUCAUCUGUAAUCUUGCUUUCUCUGAUGUUAUCUACAGCACUGUUAUCAGUCCAAAAAUUAUACAAGUCUACCUGUUUGGAAGUAAUACUAUAAAGUCUCAAACAUGUUUUAUUCAAAUGUACUUUUUAUAUUUUGCAGGUUCUGUUGAUUCCUACAUUCUUUUGGUCAUGGCUGUAGAUCGUUAUGUUUCGAUAUGUCACCCUUUGCGGUACCCUAGUUUAAUAACGAAUAAAAACACACAUUUGAUGUGUCUAAUAGCAUGGAUUAUAGGAGCAUUAAGCCCCGUAGCUCUAGUUGCUUAUGCUUCUGGGCUACCUUAUUGUGGUCCAAAUGUAAUUUCCCAUUUGUACUGUGAGUACGGAUUGAUAGUUAAACUUGCCUGUACUGAGACAUCUUCUAUUAAACAAAUGGGCACCUCAAUAGGGAGCAUUGUUCUUAUUGCUGUGUUUGUGUUGAUUUUGUUCUCUUAUUUAAGAAUUAUCAUCUCAGUUCUCAAGAUUGCAACAACAAGUGGAAGAAUGAAAGCUGCUUACACUUGCAGCACACAGCUUAUUGUGAUUGCCAUUUACUUUUUUCCCAGACUUUUUGUAUACAUUGCGUUUACAGCAGGGUUAAGUGUACAAGGGGAAGCUGAGCUUCGAGUUUCCUUAGGUAUUCUCUACUGCGUUUUGCCUCCUUUAGUUAACCCAAUAAUAUACAGUUUCAGGCUAAAUGAAAUUAAACAAUUUGUUUUUAAAUUACUGAAACAGGGAAAAAUCACAAACACAGGUGACCAGAUAAAAAGUACAGCAGGAGAGCAAAUAAAAACCAUAUGUGCUUCAAAGUCUUGACAUUGAGACAUACUUGAAGUAAAUUGCUGAAAUUAAAUAUAUUGCAAUGUAUCAAAUAAAUUUUGAAACAUCCUAAAUCGUAGUUUCAUUUCUAAAAAUUAAUCUAACUGCUAACCAGUAUUAUUUACGCAAUGGUUUGAUUCCCAAUCAGGGUGCUAU